CCCACACCCUUACCCGCGGCUCAUUUAUCAAGAAGUUGCCUGUGGCCUACAAGCACCCCUGACCCCACCGCCGUUCCAUCGCUGCAAGUGACCCGGACCCCAAAUCCACCACCCGCAAGCUCACUACCAGCUUCCUCAACCACCACCGCUUCUUCCAGCUCCACCAUCAGUCGCCUCCGACGAAGACCGCUGAGUUCUGUCACCAGUGGGCCCAUAGCCGCAGUUCCUCCACCCCCAGCGGCGGUGAAUCAUCAGAAGACAAUGAUGUGAAAGAUGACGAUUAUAACGGGCAGAAUAUCGUCACUGUGGCCAAAAUCAACCAUACAGAUGCAAAUGAAAAAUUUAGUACUAGGAUCGAAGAAGUUAAUUCGUUGCGAAUUGCAAAUGGGAGCAGUAAUGACAAUAACAAUAGUAAUGAAGCUAGGAAUAUAGGAGAAGAAGUCUAUUAUGCACAGAACUUGCACGGGGCUAUGGGACUGAGCUCGAAAUCUGGGCAAAAGGAUAUCAUGGAGGUGGAGAAUGGGUCUUGGAAUGGUAGGAAAAAGGAGAGCUGUUAUGCAAGUGAAUCCCAGGAGCCCUUGAGGACCAUCCUUUCAGUUUCAGAUCCUCUCACGGAAAAGGAUGAUCCACCAAGGCCCCAGUUAUUAAGGAGGAAGACUUGGGCAGACACUCCAUGCCUGAUGCCUUCAAUACGAGUGCAAUGGCACCAAAGUCUUUGGCCCCAGCUCCUUGAGACUUCCCAAAGCAUGGAAUCCGACAACGUCAUCCACUUGCUUCUUUUUUGUAGCCAUAAUGUGGUUGAGCUCCGUUUUCCUUGUUCCAUCUUUUUUUGUCGCCAGUAUCAAUAGCACUGUCAUAACUGCUGGAUACAUCUCCCUUUGAGGAUUACAAAACAGUUUGACUGAACAAUCUUUCCAAAGUUCUGAUGAUGGAUGGACAGAUUCUUCACCUCUGGACCAGAUGGUAUCUGCAAGGUUACCUUUAGAGCAUGUAUUUCAACGAUCAACUUCCUUGAGCUUGCUCUUUCCAUUUCUCUCAUGUUUCAGUUCCACAUUAGUUUCACUAGUACACCCCC